CAGCAAUGAGUUGAUUGUGAGUCCGAUGUUGAGAAUUACUACGUGUAGUUUGAUUACGGAAAGUCGGUUGAACUGAAGAGCAAAGGCAGUCAUUUCUGGCAGGCCCUUUCCCGCUAUUUGCACCCCAGCCGGUCUGGUGCGUCUUACUCUUACAUACGACAACAAAAAAAGUUUCUCUUGCAACGGCAACGCACAACUGAUAAAGCAGACUCCAAAAAAAUGGCCACCUUCAUCGUCCCACCCGAACCUCCCCUCUUCACUGCCACUCUCGAGGAGUUGGACAAAAUUUCCUUUCGCGAGUUCACCGCCGAGCAAUACGACCAGUGUGACAAAUAUCCACAGCAAAUUUCUCGUACACGUACAAAUGCGGCCCCUGCAUGGCAAAACUUGGCUUCCAUCCUGGUUUAGCAUGGCAAGUUUUAGUACACUCCAAGUUGGUGAAAAUUGUGUUGCAUCUUGUGCAUGUAAGGGAAAUUUGUAUUGCAUAACAAAGACAAAAUCCCACCCGGCCAACUCCUGAUCGCGGUGAAGAAUGUCGGAAUUUGCGGGUUAUCCAGGAAAAAUUACCCAUCCCCAUCCAAUUUGUCAUGCAGACCAUGCAUAAUUUUAAUUUGUAGUGUGUGUCAUGCAAAACAUGGAUGGGGAUGGGUGGUUUUUCCUGGAUACGGGUCCGACGUCCACUACUGGAAGCAUGGGCGGAUUGCCGACUUUGUCGUGGAACAACCGAUGAUUCUGGGCCACGAGUUAUGAGAGUGCACAACCUUCCCUCCCCCUCCCCCUCAUUUGUAUUCCAUGAACAGCAAUACAAACAGCACCACACGUGGAGCCAGUGCAUGACAACUUCCUGAGCCUACUGUAGUACUGUUUCAGAUCCCGGAAUCUGUCAUGCAGACCGUGCCGCAACGCCACGAUAGGAUUUCGGAUUUUGCAUGACAAAGGAGAGGGAGGGGGAGUUGUGCAUUCUCAUACGAGUGCACUGGGGUGGUGGUAGGGGUCGGACCGAGCAGCGGAACAACAAGUGCUGGCUAUCCUGUGCAAAAGUAUCGUACUCGUAUAAAUGCAUACAAAUUUCCUCAGCGUGAGAGCUGGAAUUUGUCAUGCUGUUUUACCUUAAGGACAACAUUUGUCAUGCACAACUGCGAUGUUUAGUACGUGUGCGAUACUUUUGCACAGGAUACUGCCGCUCCCUCCACAACUCUCCUCCAAGUCGGCGACCGAGUGGCGCUGGAGCCCGGAAUUCCCUGCGAGCAGCCGGAUUGCGAGAUCUGCAUGACAAAGUCCACAGUCGCAGCGCCGGCGGAGUACGGCAAAGAGAUGAAGUUCAAAUACAACCUUAUGGGGGUGUCAGGAUUGCAAGCGCCUUCAGAGUCGAGAUAGUUUGUCAUGUAUAAAAUGCAGCCCACAGAGUGCCUGUCGUGCAGAGUAGGCAAGUGAGGCAGAUUGUAAGCCUGUUGAGAGGUAAAAACUGAGCUGCUAAAGUAGCAUGACAAAAGGCGUCUUCCUUACCCAAACAGCAUGACAAACUGGAUUUCGGCCCUACCCAAAUUUGUCAUGCGCUACUUGGGAGCUGGAUUACAACUUUCACCCAUUUUAUGCAUUACAAGUUAUCUACUUAACUUUGUCGAUUUCAAUCUUGACACAUCCAUAAACCUCUGCCCCAGGGUAAAAUUCUUCGCGACGCCACCGAUUGACGGUAUCCAAGAAAAAAACGUUGUUAGUGUAAAUUUGUGAUGCGCAACAUGCAAGAUGAUUGCGUCUGUCAUGCUUAGCAUGCAUCGUAGCGCCCACUAAAGGGCGUUUUCGCGUGCUAUCUGCGCAUGACAGGUUUUUGCUGUCAUGCCAGACAAUGCUGUUCCUCCAAAAAAGUUACACCUACAAUCUUUUUUCCUGGGAUAGACGGGUCUCUGCGAACAGUAGUUACCCACCCGGCGAAAUUUUGUUUCAAGCUCCCAGACACGGUCAGCUUGGCGGAGGGGGCGCUGUGCGAGCCGUUGAGUGUGGGGGUGUACGCGUGUGGACCGGACAAGGGGCAGGUAAAGGAGGGGGACUCGGUAAGUAUUGGAAAGAAUUUAUUUUUCAGAAUUGUUCAUCGUUUGUGAUCAUAUGCUCUUGCAUUUGCAAGCAGAAAGGAAAACUGUAGCUGUGUGCACAAAAUCCUCGUGCAGCUGGAAUAGGGAUGAAGAUACCAGCUCAAUUUAACAAAAGCAGCCUAGUCGCAUCACAACACCGACGCGCGAGCUGUACGCCGCCCGCGCAAAACUGUCGCAGCUAUUCGCCGUUGCUGCCCACGUUGCGUUCUGCUUCUGAUGCGCCGCCGCCCGCGACUCUACCUCUAAUAAGAACGCAGGAGAUUUCUUCCUGGGGCUUUGCGGGUCAGCACAAGUGCGAGGAGGUAGCUGCUGGUAACAUGAUGAGCGCGCGCUGCCCACCGUGCACACGUGUAGUGCGUGGCACUUGCGAGAAAGUUUGGGAAUGUGAUAAAACAGGUAAGAUCAAGUUUUCAACAACAUGCCUUCUGAGCCAAAUGUAGAGUCAAGAAAAGAACCCAUGCUGCGAUUGAAAAAUGUAAAUGCUAAACUCAAAUAAAACUUGGGCCUCCGAGACGCAGCAACACAAUAACUUCCGUUUGAGCUAUGCUGCUGAAAAUGCUCUAUCAUGUUCAUCCUCCGUGUUCCACUAUCAGGUCAUCAUCUUUGGCGCCGGACCGGUCGGCACCCUUUGUGCCCUUGUCGCAAUGGGCCUCGGGGCAAAGAAGGUGGUGGUCUGCGACGUGGAUGUAAACCGAUUAAAAUUUUUACAAGACACUUUCAACGACGAGUAUGAAGGUGAAAAAUGAAAAUUCUGUCAGAGGAAGUCAUCUGCUGCAUGGUUGAAAAUCAAAAUUUUAUGGUUGCAUCGAUUUAGAGCACUAGUUCUUGACAAAACUACAUAAAUCUGCAUCUGUUCAACCCCGACGGCAAUUUUUCAUCACUUUUUCGCCUUCCAUACCCCCCAAGACCGGCUCUCCACGCACUUCACCGGUAAUGGCGCCACCGCCCGGGAUUCAUCCACGGAGGCAAUGGAGAAAUUCAACAACGGACAGCUCUACGACUGCGCCAUCGACUGCUGUGGCGUGGCCACCGCGAUUAGCUGUGCGAUCUACAGCACAAAACCGGGAAAAAGGGUGGUAUUGGUCGGGAUGGGCGGAAAUUUUUCCAAUAUACCGCUAAUCGACGCAAGUAUCCGGGAGGUGGAUUUGGUGGGGGUUUUUCGGUACCGCUACACCUACUCGACGUGCAUUCAAAUGCUCGCGGAGAAAAAGAUCGACGUGUCGAAGCUGAUCACGCACAAAUUUCUAUCACAGGAAAAAAAAAUUAACGGUAACGGAAUUUGCGAUGCAGCAAUGCAUCGCAAAGCGUAAGUACCCAAAUUUGUCAUGCCUAGCCUGCGUGCUAGCUUGUUUUUGUGAUGCACUACUGCAAUCUCUAACCUUCUUUCUUGUGAUAAUUUCCAUUCAGUCAGGAGGGCGUGGAAAACGCGAUGGAGCAUUGUAGUAUCCAGGGAAAAACACCCUUCCACAUCCAAUUUGUCAUGCAAAACAUAAGUACAUAAAGUCCUGCGCUUGUCAUGCAAAAAAUGGAUGCUGGAACUGGAUGGGUUUUUUUCUGUGGAUAUGUAGGACGGGGAAGGACGGGUGUGUGAAAGCGAUGUUGGAGUUGUGA